AUGUCCUGCACACUACUGCUAGCUCCUCUGCUCUGCGCGGCCGCUCCGAGUACACUCCGCGUCCGCCUCGAGCAGUGCGCCUCUCGUGGCCACGCCGGUUUGCCGUCGGUCCUGCUGCUGGCGGAGGAUGACAAAGGGCCGGCCGGCUCGUGUGCCAUCGCCGCUCUUCGAGUCUGCGCGGACGGCUUCGUCGACGCGGCAGCCGUUGCGCGGCCAUUUCUCUCCGCUCUGUACGUGGAGCCCCGCUGCCGCAGGCGCGGCGUCGGUCAAAGAUUGGUGUCGGAAGCCGAGAUAGUGGCGCGCGGGUGGGGAUACGGCUCGCUCUGCCUGCACGUUCACGAGCGCAACACCGCUGGGAUGCGCCUCUACGAGAAGCUAGGGUUCGCGACGGUCGAGGACGGCAGCGCGAGCUGGCGGGACUGGUCACUCUGGCACAACGACGAACCAUCGGGCGUGGGGUUCGCAUGGCCGUCGGUCGGGCGGCGCGUCUACAUGGAGCGGCUCCACGCUGGCGAGGAAACGCUCGCGCGGGGCAGUGAAGAGCGUGAAAGCUCCGGCACUUCCCCACAGGCCGGCUGA